AUGAACAACAGCAUCUCCGAAGAAUGGCUUCAUCAUUUCUCUGUGACUUUACCAUUCUUGGUGCUUAUCAUCUUGACUCUACUCUCCUAUCCAACAGGAGGCGUUCAUUUGCUUCCUACACUACAUCUCUCUCUCUUGGGACUUUUGGCAUCUCAUGUGAUCGCACGUUAUCCAACUGACUUGCUCAAGGUUUGGGUAGGACGUUUGAGACCUGACUUUUUUUCGCGCUGCUCUUAUUCAGUUACCACCAACACUUGUAUAGCUCAUCAUUCCAACUUUAAAUUGAUUGAAAAGGGUAUGAAGAGCUUCCCCAGUGGUCAUUCUGCCGAAGCAUUUUCUGGCUUAGGCUUUUUGGCAUUGUGGAUUGCUGGGAGGAACGGUGCCUUUGCAUUUGGUGGAGAUCGACUUCGUGGAUCGGGUCCAUUGGAAAGCCGGCUGCUCAAGGGUUUGGUAGCUGUAGUGUGGUUGGUGCUAGCAACUUGGAUUGCUGUGACCCGCCUUCAGGAUAAUCUCCAUCACUCUACUGAUGUUCUAGCCGGUGGUUUCAUCGGUAUAUCUUCGGCUCUCAUUGCCUAUCUGUUAUAC